AUGUCUAUGGCAUCCUCAACGAUGUCUAUGGCUGCUACAGCUACAGCUAGUGCCACUCAUGAUAUGAGUGAUAUGGAUAUGUCUUCCUCUAGUAAUAGUGGGAUGCAUAUGAUGAUGUCCAUGGGUACAUUUCACUGGACUAGUUCCGGUGAUGGCAUUUGGUUUGAUUCUUGGGUACCUGCAUCGGAAGGGGCUUAUAUUGGUGCUUGCUUUGGCUUAUUUUUCUUUUCAAUCCUUUCAAGGGGACUUCCUGCACUUGAGGCCUAUUUUAUGAGAUGGAGAACAAUGCGUGACAACAAAAUCGAAUCUAAUGUACUUACUUCACAGCCUGUUAUCCGAAAAGACAUCGAAAAAUCACACAACACUGAUGAUUUAUCGUCACAAUCGUUCAACCCAAAUUCAUAUCCCAACCCUUUAAAAGUUCCUACAGUACCUCCUUUUUCGUGGUCAACAGACACCAUUAGAAGCUUCAUUAGCACAUUGACCUCCUUUGUUAGCUAUUUACUAAUGAUGGUUGUCAUGACUGGAAAUGGCGGUUUCUUUCUUGUCAUUAUGAUUGGCGUAUUUUUUGGUGAAAUGGCUUUCGGCCGUUUCAAGUCUAUGGGCGGCUUCCCCGACGAUCAUUCCCAUUGA